CGUCCCAGGAGCAGCGUCGCGCCAGGACCAAUAGUGGAAAAUAGCGCUCAUUGACUCCAUACAUUAGCUGGGAGGAAGAAAACCCUACCUAUAGUGUGAAGCAGUGUUCCUGGUAAGCCCUAAUGCCGUGCUGGAGGGUGUAGGGGUGGCCGGAGGGCGGAGAGGCGGCGAGAGCGGGGAGCGGGACGGCAGCCACCACCAUCACCACCACCGCCGCCAUUAUCCUUGUCACUAAGCCGCCGCCAUGAGUGUGAUAAUCCGGCUCCAGAACCUCCCGUGGUCGGCCAACGCCCUCGACAUCCGGGAGUUCUUCAAGGGGCUCAGCAUCCCCGAGGGCGGCGUCCACAUCGUCGGCGGGGAGCUGGGCGACGCCUUCAUUGCCUUCAGCACGGACGAGGACGCGCGCCUGGCCAUGCAGAAGAGCGGCUCCAGCCUGAAGGGCAUCCAGGUGACGCUGCUGCUGUCCUCGCGCAAUGAGAUGCAGAAGGUGAUCGAGGCGGCGCGGCAGCAGGCCAUGGCGCUGCAGGGCUUCGCGCCGCCGCCCGUCAUCCCCACGCAGCCCGCCCCGGUCUCCGUCCCGCAGUCGCAGCCGCCGCCGCCCCUGCCACAACCUAGCCUGCCCGGGAUGCAGCACCAGCAGAUGGGGGCACACACCCCAUACCAGGUGCACGGCCGGCCCGGGGGCGUGGACGGCCCCGACCAGCUGCCCCCCCACCUGCCCCCCCACAUGAUGCCCCAGCCUGGCCAGCCUAUGGUGCAGCCCGGCGCCUCCAUGUCCCUGCCGCCCCCCACCACCACCGCCGCGCCGCCGCCGGGCCCGGUUAUGCCCGGCAGCUUGCCGCCGCCCUCCACCAAGCCCUCGGACACUCAGGCCUCCUCCUCCUCCUCGGACAAAAAGGACGACAAGAAGUCCUCCUCGUCCUCCUCCUCCAGGCGGGACAGCAAGAGCCGCCGCCGCAGGACAAAGUCCCGCAGCCGCACGCGCUCCCGCUCCCGAGACCGCGACCGCCGUCGCCGCCACAGGACGCGCUCGCGCUCCCGGAGCCGCGACCGGAGCAGCCGCAGCCGCCGCCGCUCCCGCAGCCGAGACCGUGACCGCGGACGCGACCGGACCAGGGACAGGGACCGCGACAAGGACCGCAGCAGCCGCUCCGGCCGUGACCGCAGUGACCGCGGCAGCCUGGACAAGAAUGACGGGCCCGCCGCCAUCAUCGACCUGUCCAAGGACAACCUGCCGCUGGGCGGCGGCGGGGACGGCAUCCCCGGCCUGGGGGAGAUCCCCAGCCUGAAGGGGCCCCUGCCCAGCAUCUUGGCCGAGCCCAUCAAGAACUCCCCCAUCCAGACCCCCUCUCACAGCCCCGCCCCCGCCUACACCACCGCCCCCUUCAUGCCCCCGCCCUUCCAAGGAAGCAAGAUGUUCGGGUUGCCCCCCGGCGGCCCUGGGCCCAUGGGGGCGGUUGACAUGCCCCUUGCCACUAAAUUCAACGAGCCCAUGGAGACAGAGACAGUGGACGACACGCCCAUCGUGCUGGAGGGCCUGGAGGCCGCGCCCGACCCCCGGGGCAUGCGGGGCAGCAUGACCGGGGGCCCCCCCAGGAUGGACAGCAAGGGCGGCCUGCUUGGAGAUGGUCCCCAGGGCCAGCCCUUCGGAGGCUUCCAGGGCCGGGGCAUGCCCCCUUUCAGGGGCAGCGACAACUUUGGCUUCGGGGGCGGCCCAGGGGGACCCCCACACCCCGACGGAGACUACAUGGACCCGCGGGGCAGCCGCUCCGACGGCAGUAGACAGCGUGACCCGCGGGACCGUGGCUUCAGGGGGGACAUGGACCCCAGGGACAGCCGGAGGAAGGAUGACGACCGUGGCAGCCGCGACGACCCCAACGGCUGGGAGGGCAGCGGCGGUGGGAGCAGCAGCAGCAGCAGCAGCAAGAGGGAGCGCAGCAGCCGCUGGGAGGCCGCGGACAAGCCCGAGGCCCUGAGUGAGCCGCCCGAGUGGUCGGGGCGGGGCCGCCGCGAGGGCUGGGGGGACAGGGAGGAGGAUAAGUGGGGCGGCCGCGGCGACAGCUGGAAGGAAGACGGCUUUGGCCGCCGCGACGACCGCGACGGCUACGACGACCCCUACGGCUACAACUACCGGGGCCGGGGCUCCCGGGGCAUGGACCGCGGCCGCAUCGGCCGGGGCGGGCGGGGCUUUAACCCUCGCUUCGGGUCCUACCCGCCCGGCUUCUCCGAGGAGAACGGCGAGGACGGCUACGCCUUCCGCGGGGGCUUCCGGGGGCGGGGUGGCUUCAGGGGUGGUCGGGGCGCGGCGCCCUUCGCGUUCAGGGACGGUGGCGGGGAGUGGGGGGAUGACACCUGCAGCGUGGAGCUCCACAACGUGCCCCUCGGGGCCUCCUACCGCGCUAUCCGGGACAUGUUCCACGGCAUCUACGUGCCCAAGACGGGCAUCAAGCUGCUCAGCGACGAGCGCGGCAACAGGCUGGACGUGGCGCUGCUGCAGUUCUCCUCGCCGCGGGACGCCCAACGCGCGCUGCGCUGCUCCGGCAGCUACAUCUUCGACAACAAGAUUGAGGUGGUGCUGACCAGCGAGGCGAACUACGAGGCGGCUGUCGACAUGAACCAGAUGAAGAUGUUCCCCCGUGGCGGCGGCGGCAGCGGGCAGCCCAUGCCCGACCCCGCCUGGCCGGACAGCAACUGCGUGUGCGUGUCCGGGGUGCCGCCAGGCUGCUCGGAGAGUGACGUGGCCCAGCUGCUGAGCCAUUACACGGUGCAGGACGUGGUGAUGGAGCCGGAGAAGGGCCGCUGCCUGGUGAGGCUGAGCACCUCCGAGGCCGCCCGCCACGCCGCCACCACCCUCACCAACAGCCCCGACAAUCCACACCUGAUGGUGGAGCUCUGCCCCCCCGAGGCCCUGGCCGCCACCAACAGGGCCAGGGAGGCUGCCAAGGGCGGCAGCGGCUCGGCGGGCAAGGACAAGAAGGGCGAGGAUAAGAAGGCGGCGGAGAACGGGGAUGAGGCGGCGCGGCACCAGCCGGUGGGCGCUGACCUGCUGACGGACUCGGUGGUGAUGAAGGGCGUGCCCAAGGAUGCCACCGAAGCCAACAUCCGGGACUUCUUCAGCGACGAGGGGCUGGUGCCGGAGCGCCUGCACUUCUGCGACGCCGACGGCGACGGCACGCGGCAGGUGUACGUCAUCUUCCCCCUCAUUGAGGACGCCCGAAAGGCCGUGGGCAAGAGCCAGCAGCAGCUGUGCAAGGUCAAAGUCAAUGUGGAGCUCAUCGCCAAGCCCCUAGUCAUGGCAUCCCUGGGCAUGCCCUUCGACCCCCUGGAGCUGAUACGCAAGGGCCAGAAGCAGGGUGACGCGCCCUUCCCUACCAAGACCGACGGCCUGGCUUCCUCCGGGGACGGCAAGGACGAGGCCGGCAAGAAGGAGGCCGCGCAGGCCGGCCAGGAGGAGGCCAAGGACCUGAUGGGCCAGGAGGACCUGGCCAGCGGCAUGCCCCUGGGCCAGGACCUGCUGCAGGGCUUUGGGGCGCCGGGGUUGAUGGGGCAGAUCCCCUACCGCGGGGCCAUCAUGACCCAGUUCCCCGGGGGACCCCGAGCCUACCGGCCCUUCAUGGCCAGAAUGCCCAUGGGCAUGGCGGGCAUGCGCGCCCCCGCCGACACCGGCUUCGCCAGGAUGCGUGGGUCGGUGCCUCUGCUGAGGGACCCCGUGGACUCCCCCACCGGCAACGGCACCGAGUCGCUGGGCAACGCCAUUCCCCCAGAGGAGUUCGGCAAGCCUGGCUGCGUGGUGUCCCUGGGCAACGUGCCCUACCGGGCCACCACCGAGGACAUCCUCAACUUCUUCAGGGACUUCCCGCAGCUUCGGCCGGAGAACAUCAUCCGCCGCUACAACGAGUUCAACCAGCCCACGGCGGACGCGCGGGUCAGCUUUAGGACGCCGCAGGAGGCCCAGCGCGCCGUACAGACCCUCAACAGGGCCUACCUCUCGGGCCGGCAGGUCUUCCUGGCCAUGCUGCAAGAGUAAGCCCGCGCCGCACCCUGAGGGUGGGAGGGCCACGCUGUGUGGCCACGCCAGCGCCGCGCAGCAAGGCCCACCCCUCGCCGGAUCGCCUCCGGCCCGUGUGUUGUGUGUGUCGCCACAGUGAAGGACACUUUGGGUACAAACGUUACUCCGUGUGACGAGCAACCACCGGACAGUGAAGCAUUAUUAGCAUUUUUAUUAUUUUCUCAUUUCUUUUGUGUUAAAGCAGAGGACCUUUCUGUUGUAUUACAAGUGAAUUCCUCAGUACCUGCAACUUUCCUGUACAUAUACUACGUAUACUAAGUCCUACUAUUAGUAACUGUACAUAGAAACACGGCCAAUAAUUUAUAGCUUUACUUUGAACAGCAAAACAAACGGUAUUUAUAUGUAAGUUUGUAAAUACAAUACUUUGAUACGGAGAA